UUCUCCGAUAUACCUUAAAACUCAAAUCUUUUAUUAUCAAACGAACUAAAACAAUAUGAAUGCGUACAUUUUUAACGCGAAUUAACGCCACGACACUCGCACGUGAAUAAUAAUAGACAUUAUACCGCACGUGUACAAAUUCAUCGGAACCAAAUACUUUUCUUCUGUCGAUCUUUAAAUCUCUUAUAGAUAUACAAGUAAACGGCUUUGAAAUGUCGUUUUACCCGUUCACGGCAGUUGUGUUAGUACUUUUUGCUUUGCUGUCAACCGAGUACUCCAACGGCCAAGUGGCAUCCAAUAACGAGUCCUCUGUGGCAUUAAAAAUUGUAGCUAGAACUCCGAAUGCUGGUAUUCCUGGAUCAUGGAUCUCUGAUCUGUUUUACCAGGCAUUAGCAAAUUUCACUGUGCGACAUGUAGGGAGUACUGAAUGUCGCAAACAAUCCGAGAUCUACGACAAUAACUUACGGAAUUACACCAGUUGGGCUGUUAGAAUGUCAGAAUCUUGGAACCGGUAUCCCGUUGGCAUACUAGCGGGUAAUAAAUAUCAAAUGGGAGUCUAUGAUGAAUGUGUUGAUGUGCAUCAUCCAAUAAGAGGCCAGUAUUGUCUGUCUGAAAUAAAAUUACUUCCACUGAUGAAAAAAGAUUAUAGUUUUAAUAGAACGGAAAAUUUAGAUGACUUUGGAAACAACCAUGCAUGGAAAACAAUUCUCGGGUGGGUUGAUUAUCCAGAUCAAGUUCAAAGAAAUAGUUUAAACUUGGGAAUUUGCAUUCCAAAUUCUUGUUCAGCAUCAGAUCUUCAAAAAUCAUUACAAAAUAAAUUAGACAAGGUGUUUUUAUCGGAACAAUUCAAAACAAUUGUUUAUGUGAAUCCGCUAUUGUGCACUGUUAGUGGAGACAUGUAUCCUUACAAUACAGCAUAUUAUAUAACUAACAUUAUUUUUGGAGUGCUUUUUUUAAUUUGUGGAGUGGCAACAACUCAUCAUUACAUAGCAUUAUCUCGCCAACAAAAAAAGAAUGAAAGCGAAAAAGAAGUUCCAAAAUCAUGUUUCUACAUAUUUUCUUUUAUUGAAUCGGGAAAAAUAUUAUUGAAAUACGAUAAAAAAAACGAAUUUAAUAUGCUGAAUGGUUGGAAAGCGAUUAUGAUGUCACUAAUUUUAAUGGGUCACAGAUUUAUGUAUUUAGUUGGAAAUCCAAUAAGUAAUCCUAAAUUCGUAGAGCAUAUGUACCUUCAUGGACGCGAUAUUUAUUUGACUAGUAUGAAUUUAACUGACCCGUUUUUUUUCAUAACUGGUUUUCUAAUAUACACUACAAUAGUACCGAUAUUUAAAAAGUUAAAAAAGGAAUCAGUUUGGGUAAAACUUUUAACACCAAUCGUCUACAGAAUAAUCAGAAUAUUACCGGCUUAUUGUGCGAUGAUGGCAAUCACUGCUCACAUCGUACCCCACCUUGGAGACGGCCCACUGUGGCCUUAUAAAACUUGGGACGAAGCUGAAAUAUGUAAAAAUUAUUGGUGGACCAAUAUGUUGUUCAUAAGUAAUUUAAUUGAUUCUAAGUAUGAAUGUCUCAUAGUCAGUUGGUAUAUAUCCUGCGAUAUUCAAUUUUGCAUACUUGGAGUUAUUAUUGUUUACAUUUACACAAAGAACGUCAAAUUUGGGAUUGGAUUAAUCAUUGCAAUGCUUGGUGUGUCGAUAUCUGUGCCAUUUAUAAUCACAAUUUUUACAAAAAGGGAGGGAAUAGUUAAAAUACUUCUUCCUUUCUUAGAAAACACAAGAUAUUCUGAAACAUUUAAUGAGUCAUACAGAGCAAGUUACAUGCGAGCUUUUCCUUUUUUUACUGGUAUUGCAAUUGGUGUAAUCAUUGAUAAAUUAAAGGAAAACAAAGUUAAAUUUUCACAAAUGACUGUAUACGCUGGGACGUUCACUAUUGCCGUGAUUUGUUUAUGGGUUCAGUUUUAUGGGGCUAUAUUUUAUAAGAGAGAUAGACCUUACUAUCUAUUAGAACAAGCUCUAUAUUCAACUUUAAAUCAUUGUACAUGGGUAAUAUUAUUCGCAUGGAUAUUUACUUGUCACUUCACGAGUGGUUAUGGUCUACUAACAAAAUUCCUAAAUAAUAGAUUUAUUGUGCCAAUGGGGAGACUUUCAUAUUCCGUUUUCUUAGUCAACCUUACUAUUAUGAUGAUAUCACAGAGUCGACUAAGAACACCAAAUUAUCUUUCAAAACGAACUGUGUUGGAUGCCUGGUUGUAUGAUGCGUUGAAAAGUUAUUUGAUGGGUGUAAUAUUAUUCAUGGUUAUUGAAGCUCCAAUAGGAAGUUUGGCUAAUAAAUUGAUUAAACGAAAGUAAAUCAUGUUUUUAUGAACAUAUGAUAAAUUUUUGUGGUUUGUUCAAAUGUUAAA